AUGUUCUUAGUAGUGGUGGUGGUGGGUGUCCCCCACCCGCCCCUCAUAGGAAACUCCAGUGAGGGGUGUUCACCAUAUGCUCUGAGGGACCGGGCUGGCAGGAUAAAAUUCAGUCCCAGCCUCCUCCUCCUCCUCUCCAGAGAGGAGGUCACAUGCUGCAGACCUGCUCCGUGCCAUCUGGCUGACUUCCUGUCAUCCUUACCCCAAGAGAGAGCCACUCUGCAGGCUAUUGGACCCAAGAACUACCCUCCUCCAACUUCUCCUCCUCUACGCCUCCAGCACACCUGA